GGAUUUGCAAGUAUCUCGAAGGCGGGCGGAUAAAGCAUGUCGGACAAAGGACACACAUCCGCAUCUCGAUCAUCUCUGCGAAUCAGUGGCCCGUCGUUGCUGAUGACAGUGGAGCAACCCCGACGGCAGAGGAACGCUGACAGCGAGGCCUUCACUUGCGGCUAGGUGGUGUGCUAUAUGUGGAUACAAGCCCCAAUUCCGCAGAUACCUUCGUCGCCCACACGGCACUGCACCGCACUUGCACUGCACCUACUACCUUGCACCUACUACCUCACACCCACUGCGCUCUAUCUACGUGGAAACCUUCAUCCCACUCGCAUGCCGUUUGCGCUCUUUGUUGAUGGACUCGUUGUUCCUAUUGUAACGGCCGCAUGAGUCUCCCGCCUGGACAUGCGAGGCGCGCGCUGCCUUCCUCGCCUCCCUCCCUCUCCACGCGCCUGUGACCGAUCGAGCGGCCGGCAUGCAUGAUGCGUUGUUCUCGGAGACGAGGCUCGACAGGCGGAAGGUGGGCGGGCGGGCGGGCGGGCCUGUGCUCGCAGAGUGCACAGCGAAAGUGAAUCUUGGUGGCGUACUUGCAUCUCGGAAGUGCUGCUGCGAUAGAACAUACACACCCACCAGGAACACCUAUUGGAGGUGUGGUCCAUGGGCGGAUCAGAGAAGCCGGACGCGCAUACUUGCUUACUUGCUUACCUCUACUCCGCGCACGGCGGAUAUUCUCCCGACCUAUGUUCUCUUGUCUCUGGGCCUGGCACGCAAAAGAAGAAGCAAAAAGAGGUAUCGAAGCACAGGGGCGCCUCUCAUUCCGUCCCUCUGUCACUACCUACUACCUCCUAUUGCAUACCGUGCGAUCGAUGUGCAUGUGACAAGGCGCUUGCCGGUGUCCUCGGCUGGCUGCAUACGCUGUACUUCGUUCUCGGCACUAGCAGGCACGACAUCGCUAGAGCCGAGCCGUGUAGUACCUUAGUGUACUUGUCAGAUGUGCACGCUCCCCGUAAACCGAUGUCCUUAGUCCACCCCUCGAACAUCAUCAGAUGCCAGCAAGGCUCAUCCAUCAUCAGCACCAUGUGCUUCAGCAACACCAUUACCUGGAAAAAGUGCGGGCAUUAUGCCAUUCGCCGCGUGUUUUGCGAGGACGCAGUGGCACGGACGCCGCAGGAGUACUGCCGCAACGCCUUUGCUCCCACCUUCACCGAUGUCGAUGCCAGCAAUGGGGUCUGCCCCGAUCGCAACAAGCACCCACCUGCUCCUGGACAGCCCUUUACAUCCGCCUGGAGCCUGCAGUUGGGAAUCACGACCACCAGCGGAGAGGGAAAUCUGUGGUAUCGACAGAACCAGGGCCAGACUUAGGCACCACUACUACGUGGACACGCAGCUACAGCAGCAGCGGCGGCGGCAGCAGCAGGAGGAAGCGGAGGGGCGGGGACGGGGAAAGCAAGCAUCGUCGUCAUCAGGGGCGGUAGCAUGAGCUCACGUUGCCAGUUCGUCAAGCAUCCAUCCCUAUACCACACCAUCUCGAGCGUGCGAAUACCAGACUGACACGUAUCAGGAGCUUUCGAGCUUAAGGGG